ACGCUUUAGGAAGUGGUUUCACUUGGCCAAUUCCUGGAGUGAUAGUAGAAGUGAGUCAGUAUGCGAAGUUUCUGAAAGAUCUUCUCUCAAAGAAGCAGAAGCUGAGCGAGCUGGCCACUAUGGAGCUCAGCGAGCAGUGCUCGGCCAUUCUGCAGAACAAGCUUCUGCCGAAGCAGAAGGACCCAGGUAAUUUUACUAUCCCGUGCUCUAUAGGUAAAUUGCAUGUAGAGAGGUCCUUGGCAGAUCUAGGUGCUAGUAUCAAUGUCAUGCCAUAUAAAUUGUUUAAGAAACAAGGCCUAGGUGAACCCCGUGCAACUAGGACGAGUCUUCAAUUAGCUGACCGAUCUAUAGUUCACCCUAGGGGCAUAGUGGAAGACCUUAUGGUUAAGGUUGGCAGAUUCGUUUAUCCUGUGGAUUUUGUUGUCUUGGACAUCAAUGAGGACAUAGAAGUGCCCCUUAUACUGGGAAGGCCUUUCCUAGCCACCGCCAAGGCUCUAAUAGAUGUACAUGAUGGGACCUUAGUCUUGAGGGAUGGAGAGGAGCGAAUAACCUUUUCCAUUGAUAAUACUCUCCCUGCUUCAUCGCCUUUGCAUGCUGUUUCUCACCAGGAGCACGAGUCUGUCGUGUAUCCUUCUGUGCUUCCCAUUUUGCAUGACCCCUCUCACAUAUCUUCGCCGCCACUCCCAUCCACUCCGUUACCUAAAGACAAGAUCAAGGAGGAGUGGCGGCCGAAGCUGCAGGUAGCUAAGCCUGCUCACAAGAAAACCGGAGACCACUACGAGCUGGUCCCGCCUCCUGAGCCUCGACUGCCUUGGCCAUCCGAGUAUUCACUCACUUGCAUCCUGCCGGAUGGCCAGGUCGAGUUGACGAGUGCUGGUGGCCACAUUCAUCGUGUGCAUGGCCACCACCUGAAGCUGUACCUCAAGAGCGAUGUGGAUCCGCUCUUGGAGGAACCUGUUCCUUCACCUCUCUGAGCAUCCACCCUACUGACGUCCAGCUAAAAGACGGUAAAUAAGAGCUUGUGGGGAGGCAACCCCACCUAGGUUUGCAUUAUCUUUCCUUUUUCCUUUUGAUUUUUUGUGUUUUUGAGUCUUGAGGUGUUGUCCAAGGGUCGAAUGUCGAUUUUGCGCGAAAACAGGUCAAAUUCGGGGUUGUGGAAUUCCACACGCCCAGGCCUAAAUCCCACACGGCCGUGUGGAAUUGGCUUCUGGCCGUGUGGAGGCCCUGGAAUUUUCACACGGGUAGGAGGGGUCCCUCACACGGCCGUGUGGUUUUGGGCUUUGGCCGUGUGAAGGCUCGGUGAUUUCCACACGGCCAAUAUUGCACCUCACACGACCGUGUGAAAAUUCCACGGCGAGGCCGUGUGGUUUUCUCGGCCACACACGGGCGCCAUUGCACCUCACACGACCGUGUGAGCAUGCUCGUGUGGUCGAACCAGCGCCUAUAAAUUCAAACCACACGG